CAAUUCAAUAGUUGAUAAUAAAAAAAAAAAAAAUGCAAACUCACGAAUACACCUAAUAAACACACCGCUAAAAAGCCCUCUUCAUUCUUUCCAAUUUUCCAAUAUUCCUAAUAGCAGUACACCCUUAGACAAGACUUAACACCCACCUCUCAAACUCUAUUAAUCCCCCCAUUCUUAAACUUCAAACUCAACCACAUUAUCCCACCCCACACCACCCUUAAAAAUGAACCAAAACUACGGCCGUCUAAACCUCGGCCCACCCGCCACAACCACCGAACUCAAACCCCCUCCCAACCCAAAACCCCGCCGCCUCCUCCUCCUUCUUGCCGGAGCCCUCCUCAUUAUCGCCACCGCCUGUGGAAUCCCACUGGCGGUGAGAUCCUUGCAAAAGACCCAUAACCCCUCCCAAGGCCUACCCCCAACUAGGGUAAUCCGGGAGGCAUGUGGGUUAACCCGGUUCCCGGAACUUUGCCAAACAUCCCUAUCAAACUUCCCCGGGGCGGUGUCGGCGAGGGACCCACGUGAGGUGGCCCACAUUUCGGUUAAAAUGACGUUGCAGAAGUUUGGGGUGGCAUUAUGGGAGUCGUCGGAGAUAAGAAACUGGCCGAUGGACACGUGGUCGAGGUCGGCGUACGACGACUGUUUGGAGCUGUUGGAUGAUUCGGUUGACCUCCUUGCACGGUCGCUGCUUUCUGUCACUAAAACGGCGUCGUCUUCGUCGCCGGCGGCAGAUGAAGAGAGUGUUAGUGAUGAGGAUAAUAAAGCUCAGCAGGGAGGGUCCCAACAAGAUGUGGUGACAUGGCUAAGUGGGGCCAUGACAAACCAAGACACGUGUACGGAAGGAUUUAACAACGUGGGUGGGACCAUAAAGAAUCAAAUGGUCCAAAGCUUGCAAGAUUUGUCCAAGCUAGUCAGCAACAGUCUAGCAAUAUAUGCGGCCACGGCCAGUCAUAAAAUGAACGACUUUGCAGGUAUUCCGAUACAAAAUCGGAGGUUAUUAGGAUUCGAACCUGAGUUCUUCCCGGACAAAUCCGGGUUUCCUGAAUGGAUAACGAGGCCCGACAGAGAGCUAUUAGGAAGCCCGACCCAAAGCAUACAAGCGGAUAUAAUUGUGGCACAAGAUGGGUCGGGUACUGUGAAGACUAUUGCCGAAGCUAUAAAAAAAGCUCCCGAGAAUAGUGCACGUCGCAUUAUUAUCUUUGUCAAGGCUGGAACAUAUGCAGAAGAUAACUUGAAAGUGGGAAGAAAGAAAACCAAUUUGUGGUUUUUAGGAGAAGGCAGAGGGCAAACUGUGAUUACCGGCAAAAAAAGCGUUGGUCAUGAUCAGAUAACCACUUUCCACACUGCCGUAUUUGCCGCCACCGGCACCGGCUUUGUAGCUCGAGAUAUCACAUUUGCAAACGAGGCUGGCCCCGGUAACCACCAAGCAGUAGCCCUUCGUGUAGGCGCCGACCAUGCCGUGGUUUACCGUUGUGAGAUGAAGGGGUAUCAAGACACACUCUACGUACACUCUCAACGACAAUUUUACAGGGAGUGCGACAUAUACGGAACGGUAGAUUUCAUUUUUGGUAACGCGGCUGUAGUGUUUCAAAAUUGCACUAUGUGGGCUCGAAAGCCCAUGGCCCAACAAAAAGUCACAAUUACAGCCCAAAACCGGAAAGACCCAAAUCAGAACACGGGUAUGUCAAUGCACGCUUGCCAAGCCCGAGCCACCGCGGACCUCGAGGGAGCCAAAUCGAGCUACCCGACCUAUUUAGGCCGCCCGUGGAAAAUAUUUUCUAGGGUUGUGUACAUGGAGUGUUACUUGGGUGAUCACAUUGAUCCUAGAGGGUGGUUAGAGUGGAAUGCAACAUCUCCUUUAGACAAGUUAUACUAUGGUGAGUACGGAAACGUCGGGCCACGAGCCGACACGUCACAACGGGUCAAAUGGCCCGGUUUUCACGUGAAUAUGUCCAAAGGAGAGGCCGAGAAAUUUACAGUGGCCCAAUUCAUAUUUGGACAAGGUUGGAUAACUUCAACCGGGGUUUCAUACCAAUCAGGAUUAUUGGCUAAUUAAUUAAUGAAAUUAGUUUAACAAUGUGUAAUUUUUAUGUCACGUACCCAAAAAAAUAAUCUAGUUGUGCUA